CCAAUUAACGCCAGGCGGGGAGUGUUUUGUUCCAGUUUUACAAGUUGUAGUGUUUGAGUUAAAUAUAAAAAAUGUAUGUAUUUAAUUUCAUUCAUUUCAUUGUAAUUUCUAUGGAGUGAAAUAUUUGAAAGUGCGCCAUCUACUGGUUAUUUUUUAGUUUGGCCGACAUAUCAGUUUGUUAGUUUUGAAACAAAAACUUUAUCCUGGAAGUGAACGACGCAGUCACGGAGAAAGACGUCUCGGCAGCUCACAUCGUUAGCCACUCCAGCAUACAUCUUGUUAUGGUUGCAUCGUCGUUUCACCUUUGCUUCAACCAAUAAACCUGGCGAUCUAUAUCCAGAAGUUUGAGUGGAGUAAAGCGUUUAGCUGUCUGUCAGUGAAUGCACCGCACGCAUAGAGGACAGAACAGUGAAACGACGGCAUCCUUACGGACAAGGUAACGCAGAUCAGGCUAAUAGCAGACACCUUUGGAGUGCCACGACGUAUCAGCUAAGUACAGCUUCCAAAGCAGUGUUUCACUAGAAGCUAACAUCGGCACCAUGUCUGCUAAUUCAUAUAAAACAAGAUCUCAGGCUUCAUGCUCUUCUACUGGUUCGGCAGCAGCCAGGGCAAGAGCAAAAGCGGAGGCAGCUAAAACUCGCCUUGCCUUUGCUAAGAAAGAAGUAAAUCUGAAAUUAGAAAAGGCUCAAAUUGAAGCAUCUAUGGAACUUCUUCAAUGCGAGAAAGAUGCAGCUAUGGCGGCAGCAGAAGCAGAAGUCUUAGAGGCUGCUGUUCAAUCACAAAUUGAUGAUCAUGAUUCAGAUCUCCCUUCUCUUGAAAGUUCACUGCGAACGGAAAGCUAUGUUCUGGCUCAGACUAAGGUGAUAGAAAAUGUAACUACUGAAAUGCACAAAGAGCCGUCACCACUUAACAAGCUCCCAAUUAACAUAGUUGACAACCCCAGUGAUAUUCAUUCCUCACACAUAAACUUGGUAAACUGUGGAUUAACAUUAGAUACAAAAAAUCAUUCUAAACAGAGUGCGUACCGGCAACAGAUUCCAGCUACUUCAUUAUCUCACCUUCCUCCCUAUCCACUUCCAGUUAGCCAUAAUGGAAAUCAUGAUCGGGCACAACAACAAUCAAGAAAUAGCUGUUAUGAUCCCGCCUGCAAUUCCAGGCCGUCAAGCCACGGUGAUGGAAAUAUCAGCGAAUUUGUCAGAUACCUUGCCCGUCGGGAAAUAGUAACAACAGGCCUCCUACAGUUCAACGACAGGCCACAGAACUACAGAGCCUGGAAACGCUCUUUUGAGAAUGCAGUAAGGGGCCUGGAUCUGUCCGCAAGUGAGGAGAUGGAUUUACUUUGUAAGUGGCUUGGUAAAGAAUCUGUGGAGCAUGUUGAACAAAUCAGAGCUAUACACAUCAAUCAUCCAGAUGCCGGGCUAAAAAUGAUCUGGGAGAGACUCGACCAAUGCUAUGGCUCUGCAGAGGCAGUUGAGGAUGCUCUGUUUAAGCGGCUCGACAACUUUCCAAAGAUCACAAACAGAGAUUACGUGAAGCUGAGAAAAUUCGGUGAUGUGCUGAUGGAGCUCCAGAGUGCCAAAAGGGAGGGAGACCUCCCUGGCCUCUCUUUUCUAGACUCUGCCAGGGGUGUAAACCCAAUUGUGCAAAAACUCCCCUUUUACUUACAAGAAAAGUGGGUUUCAGUUGGUGCAAAUUACAAACGUGAUUACCAGGUCUCUUUUCCCCCGUUUAGCGUUCUAGUAGACUUUGUUAACCGAGAGGCUAAUAAUAGAAAUGAUCCAAGCUUUAAAUUUGCCUCUCAUGCUGACACUGCACCCAGACCUGAAAAACCUUUCUGGAAGUUUAACAGACAGAGAGAAGUGUCAGUACACAAAACAGAAGUAUUUUUGAACCCCAGCUAUGAGUCACAAGGGAAUUCAAAAAGGUCAGAUGAUUGUAAUAAAUUGUGCCCAGUACACAAAAAACCUCAUGCCCUUCUAAAAUGCAGAGCCUUUCGUGAGAAGCCCAUCGGAGAACGCAGAACACUUCUGAAAGAGAACAACAUUUGCUUUAGAUGCUGCGCCUCGUCGACACAUUUUGCUAAACAUUGUAAGGCCAAAGUGCAAUGCUCUGAAUGCGGCAAUGAAAAUCACAACACAGCUCUCCACCCUGGCCCAGCUCCCUGGAGCAAAGAAGCUGACUCCGAUGUAGAGCAUGGCGGGGAGCAGGGUGUCACCUUGCCAAGUGCAGUCACUUCCAAAUGCACUCAAGUCUGCGGUGGUAACCUAGCUAACAGGUCAUGUUCUAAAAUUUGCCUUGUAAAGGUAUACCCAGCAGGCCACCCAGACCAGGCAAUCAAGCUGUAUGCUAUUCAUGAUGAGCAGAGCAAUCGGUCUCUUGUCCGGUCAGAAUCAACCACGAAUAAAGACGGUUCUUGUAAAGGUUGGCACCGUUGUGGAACUGGAGUCACAGUGGAAGAGUUUGAGAAAGCCAAGAACAGUGUCAUCCGAGCUGUGCAGGGAGAGGCAUACUCUGAGGAGAUCAGGUGCAUUGGUGGGCAACAGGAGAUUCCUAAGGGCAGUCCCAUCAAAAAUCUGGACCCCUUCUUAGACAACCAAGAUUCUCACAUGCAGGCCAAAGUCAAACUCUGA